AUGUCACUCCUACUCUCCCCAGCCAAGCUGGUGCUGCUGGCCGUGCAUUGCGCCGUUAACGGCGACAUCGACAGCCUAACCACCCUCGCUGGGCGCCACACCAAUGUCCUCCGAAAAGACCUGCUACUCCGGAUCCUCCUGACCUACCUCCCCGAAACGCUACCGUCCAGCCGCUACAUCGACCUAAUCCGAUAUCUCGGAAGCGGCGACUUCCCCGACCCGACGAAUGCUGAAGUAGAUUGCUCAGCCGUAGAGGACCUCGAGGAGGACCAAGCAGCCAAGAAGGUCAGGAAGCUCCGGCUGCUUCCCUUGACGCUACCCGAGACACAAGACACAGACAGCUCUAUCUCGACCGCCAGCGAAGACUCCCUUUCGCUAUUCCUCCUACGCCGCUCAUACAAAGUAGACGAAGAGGCCGGGCUACUCGACGAGCUCCCAGCGCUGCUCCUCCCCUUCCUCAACCACUCGCCACACAUACGCUCCCUCUUAGUCUCGGCCGUCCUACCCCUCCUCCGGCGAAACUGUGAAUACUACCCGCAAGACCCCAUCUCCUACGCACUGCACGACUUUGAGCAGCUCCCGGACCGAGUUGCCGUCAACUUGCUUCUGUCCCACACCGGAACACACGCCAACGGUUUGGCGGCUGUGGGACGGGAUUUGAGAGGGCUCAUUGGGCCGUGGCUGACGGGGGAUAAGAGGUGGAAGCAACCAAGGCAUCGGGAUACAUUGGAGUCGCCGCCGGCCGGGAAAGAGACGGCAGAAGGCGUGGAGGAGGUGCCAUGUCCCGGGUGGGACGAAGUGCUGCGUUGGUUGACGACACAAGCGUCGAGGAACUGGAGGAUAGCCGUCAACGCGGUGCAGCAAUGGGAUGGGUCGGGCGAUGCGGAUCUGGCGGAUUGGGGGUCCUUGACGCUGAGUGACACGCAGCGGGAGUACAUGGAGGGGAGCUAUGCGCGUGCGGCGUUGGCGUCGGCGUAUCUGAUCCCAGAGGCAUCCCUGGACGCGCUGGAUGGUGCCUACAACAUCAUCAGUCGAGUUGCCGAGCUCCGCGACCUGACGCCGAUAUCCCCGCUGACUUCCGAACUAGCCGUUCUUCCGCCGCUGACGGAACAGAUUCCCGAGGACCUCGCCAUCGCUAGGAACACGACGUAUAUGCGCAACGAUUUGCUGUCAGCCUUCAACCCUUUGACAACACCAUCCGACGCUUCUACGGCCCUCCUCCAAGCCCUCACGCUCAGCGCGCAUAUUCUCACCAAGGCCGGCUGCCCGUGCACGAUUCGGCGGGCUGGUGAGCUGGCGCUGUUGCGGGACGAGCGGGAGCAGAAAGCCGAGUUUUCUAAGCUGAUUCACACGCUGGGCAACAAUGGGCCGAAAACGGACGACAAGUUUUGGAUGAAGGCGCGAGAUGAUAUUUUGUGGCUGCGGGACUGGGGCGCGGAGGAUAGUUGGUCGUCGGAGGGGGUGCCGCGGGGUGUGUUUGGGCAGAUUAAGCGGGAGUUUUUGGAGGUGGAGGUGCUGAAGGUGUUGUUGUCGAAUACUCGGUAUUCGCUUGCGCGGUCGAUAUAUGAGGACGGUACAGACCAGCCCCUGGAUCGGAAACUCUUGCAGGACACGAUUUUUGCGACGGCGAUGACUGCUUAUGACAAUGCUUCGAAUCCGAAUCGCACGCGAGGUGGUCUCAAGAAGUGUGACGAGAUGAUCAAGGCUUUCCCCAAGACGAUCGAAAAGUCAGACGCUCACGCGAAGAGGAUUGAGGCCCUGCUCCGGGCGACACACUCCCUCGGCGACUACCGCCUCGUUCUCAAGCAAGGAGAGCCUUUCACACCCGUAGUGCUCCGCGUCCAUGCCGAUCCAAUAUCUAUUGUUGGUAAGAUCCUCGAGCAAAAUCCCAAGAGCUACACGCAGCUCCACGACUUCCUUUCCCUCGGCACCCACAUGGUCGAAGCCGGUCUCACAGCCCCCACCAAAAUCACCCCCCUCACCUCCGAAGAAGAAUCCGCCCAUCGUCUCACGGCCUCGCAACGCAUCACAGCCAUGUGCAUCGACGCAGCCCUGGCCGAAGACGACUUCGAGACGGCCUACUCCUACGUCGUCAACCGUCUCCCGGACACCCCAAACCCCGCGAGCCAGACCCCCGACGACUAUUCCUGGAAAGCGGCCCUCCAAGCAGGCAAAUACCGCCGCAACGCACACACCCUCCCAGGCUCUACCACCGGCAUCGGCGGCGGCCUCUCCAGCGCCAACGCCGACGUGCGCCACCUCGAGCAGCGCAUCGAGUGUCUCGCCACCGCCCUCCGCGUCGCGCCGGUGUCCGACCUCCAAGAAAUCGUCAACGCCUUCCGCCGCGCCGAGGAGGAACUCGAGGUCCUCGUGCGCGAGGAACAAGCAGAAGAAGACGAGUGGGACGCCCGAGGCGACAGUCUCGUCCGUCCCGGCAGCGGCAUCAACCACACAUCCGUCAUGCCCGGCGGCUUCCACAACCAAACAACCACCAACUCAAAACCCCAACCACCCCGCACAUUCCUCCCCUCCCGAGCACCCGCCCCCCAUGCAUCCCACGCAUCCUCCCACGCCCGCCGCCCCAGCCGCACAGCCGCCACCGACGAAGACGCAGCUCCCAUGUCCCUCUUCGACCUCAGCCGCGCCAGCGUGCUCUCCGCCCAGCGCAACCUCUCUGCUCUCUCCGGUCUACGCUCCUCAGCCGCUGCUGCUGCUGGCGGUCUUGGCGGGCGGCUGACACGGCAUCAGAAUGCUCACAGCACCAAUACUAAUGCUAAAAACAAGGCAAUACCCGCCGGGUCAGGAUAUGAAUACGACACGGAGGGCAGUGCGCGCGGGAGCGCAGACCUGUCGCGGCCGAUGUCGGCGGCGUCGGGGGAGAUGGGGAUGGGGAGUAGUGGUGGGACGGAACGGGUAAGGAAGAGGGAUCAGUUGAGGGAGGCGGCGAUGGGGACGCUUGUUUCGGGGGUGGGGUGGUUGGUUGGGGCGCCUGCGCCCGGGACGGGGGCGGGGCAGGAGAGGGAGAGGGAAUAA